CUUUUUCUUCUUGGCCAUAAGAUCAGAGAAAGGCGUCGCAUUACACCAACCGCGUUUCGACGUGAAAGCAGCCGAAAAUGAUUCUGUUCUGACAGGCCGUCAGACAUUGGAUGUACUUUGAUUUGGGCAGUCACUUUUCUUUUUUUAUAGUUUGUUCUGAAAACAUUGUUUCCGGAGCGUAAACGAAUCAACAAGUUGUUGGAAAAGUCGGGAAAACGCGCCAUCCUUUACAGGAUGGAUAAAUCCACGAUGAAAGUCAUGGUCCCUAUCAUCAUUGCCUUGAUUCAUGUGGGUCAUGGAGCGGCAGAGCUAGUGUUUGCAGGAGACCUCCAGAACCUCACAGCAAGACAGAUGAUCUGCGUGGAGAACCAAGAGUAUCCUCACAAUGGCUUCUGCUGCAAGAACUGUGAAGCCGGCACUUAUGUGAAAGAGAAGUGUAGCAGGAACCAGGAGAAGGGCAUUUGCGCUUCCUGUGAGAAGGGCACGUAUGCCGAACACCCCACAGGCAUGGAGCAGUGUCUGCAGUGCAGCCAGUGCCACAGAGAUCAGAUCAUGGUUGCAGAAUGCAUCAGCACAAGCAACACAAAGUGUGAAUGCAAACCCGGUACCUUCUGCCUGCCAGACGAGCCAUGUGAAGUGUGCAAGAAAUGUGCCAAGUGCAAAGCUGAUGAGGAAGAAGUGAGCCCUUGCACUGCAACAUCCAAUACGAAGUGCAAAAAGCCAAACUCUCCUCCGACAGAAGGUCCAACGGAAAAGCCUUCGGCACCAAAUGACACUAAUACUAUAGCGAUUGUUAUAACAGUGUUACUUCUGCUGAUUAUCAUCCUGCUUGGAAUAUUUUUCCUCUAUAAAAGAUAUCGACGUCAACGAAGCAGCCCUGCUGAUGAUUUGAAAGAAGUGAAAGUUCCUAUCGAUAAGCGCCCAAGAUCUGAAGAGGAACAAGAGAACAGCCGCAAUGCUGGAUUAGAGAGGGAAGAGGGUCAACGCCUAGAGUCCCGCCCCUUUCUAAUGCAAGAAACACAGGAAACCGGCACCAAGAGCAUACCAGUGGAGGACGAGGACCGGGGACUGGGUGACAGCUUGCCAAACACUACCAGCUCUUCCCAAACCAGUCUAUCUCCCCUCCCUCCUGCAGUCUACAAUGAGGAAUCACCACAAUCGACUCCCCAUGCCCAAAGACAGCCAGAGAUGGUUACAGAGCCAUGGGCAGGGAAUGAUGGUCCUCCCAGAAGACUUGUUCCUGUACUUGGUGAGGAGGAGUCUCUAAACAAGAGUUUCGACCUGUUUGACACCCUGGAUGUGCGGUACCACAACAGGUUUUUCCGCAGCAUCGGCGUCAGCGACAACGCCAUCAAGAUGGCUGAAACGCAGCAGCAUAUGGACAAAGUGUAUGACCUACUGCGGGUUUGGAUGCAAAAAGAGGGCCUGCGGGCAAACAUCAACACAUUACUACAAGCUCUGCUAGACCUGGAUCAGCGGUAUUCAGCAGAACACAUCGCCUCCAAGGCUGUUGAACGAGGCUACUACAAAUAUGAGUAACAUGUCUUAAAGACUGCAAGAUAUUUGUUAAGUAAAAAAACGAAAUAACGGAGAGGUGUUGAUUCGUUUUAAUUUCUCCUCAGAGGGUCUAUUGGCAUGAACUUGAUGUCCCGUUACGGAGACAUUGGAGAAUCACCUCUCUGUAGCGCCCAAGUUGGGUUUAGAAGCCAACACUGGACCUUUUUUUGAGGAUUUACACUGGCUAUCAGCAGAGGGCGAUGUGUUCCCUCUAAACCGUGCAUUGUAGUAGCGUUACUUGAUGCACUGGCCUCAGGCGUUUAAACUACAGGUUGAUCCAAAGCCUACGUAAUGAUGUCAAUUAAACCUUUGAUUACGCCAAAUGUUCAAACUAAAAGCAAGUGUAUUUAGUUCCGUGCCUUACUUGUUCAUACUCAACAGGCACAAACUGAAGAUUUUCACAAGCUUCACACUACAUGUAAUCAUAUUCUCAUAAACAGAAUCACUUCUGUUCUUAGCUACCAAACCUUGUUAACGAACUCAGUUACAAAUGAGCAAAUAAGCCUCAGAAUGAGUUUUGGAUUUCAGUCGUAUGUCAGCAGUCCAGAGUUUCAUGUGAAGUUCAGAACUUUAAUUUUUCUUUGGUUGUUACAGAAUAGGCUGCCCCUGAAUUAUGCCAAUCUGUGAAAGGUGAUUUUUAAUUUUUUUUAUUAUUAUUUUUCUCGACAAAUGACCUUCCUUCAUCUGUUUGGUGCAUGGACGAGAUGUUUUGCAACCUUCUCGGCCUUUCUUGCCUGUUCUUUUUCCCUUAUUUAUAUUUAAACCAGUGAUGUAUUUAUUUGUUUCAUGUAAUUACGCAUUAUUUAUACCUGUUACCAAUAUUCACCUACAGUAAGUGUUCCUGAAGCAUUUAACAUAACUCAAAUGUUCACCAGUCAAAUCCUUCCGGUCCUUUCACAAGCAGAUUAGUGCCAUCUUCAGGUAGUUUAUCAAUAGCUAAGAAGACAUUUCUGCAUUUCCCCCCAGUGUGUCACUUAAUACUGACACGGCAUUUCUUGUUAUAUGAAUCACCAAACGUGGAUGUAGUCGUUCGUGUUCUGAAAUGCUAAAGAAAAGCUUGAACGAGUACCAGGGUCAGUAUCUCUUGGACGCCCGUAUCUGCUUCCACAGAUUGAAUUAAUAUUGAGGAUAAGGAGGCAUUUCAAACCUCUGCUCGCUGUUCUUGUUUUUAUCUGCGGUAGUGCACAGGUACGUGUUUUUAAAGGGUUAAAAGAUGAAGGAAAUUUGUGCUCACCCAGAAACUAUUUUCAGUUUAGUUACGUUUUGUCUAGAAUGUACAUAGUUGUCCAGAAUUUUAUUAAACAAAACUAAUAGAUAUAUAUUUAUGCAAGCCCUAAGAGCAAAAUGUAAUGAAGUACUGCCUAAAAACUGAACCGAAGGAACAAACAGAAAUAGAAAUGAACAAGUGGAAUUGAUGUUAUCUGAAUAAACAGGGCUCUUUAAUUCAUUUACGUAGCAGUAAAUGAACUGUCGUCUGACUCGGCUGUAUAGCUAUGUAACUGUAUUGGUGUAUGAAAUAUAUUUUCAGAACAUAUCUCACAUCAGCUUUACUCCUUAAACAGACUUGUUGGGAGUUUAAAAGCUGAAAUCAGAUCCGAACAAAAUGGCUCCAAUUCUUAAAUUGUAGAGAUGUGUACAGUGCAGGCACUGCCACCUAUUGACAUAGAGUUGAAUAGCAAGAGAAAAAAACCUGCAUCAAAUUUAAGGGACCUUUUUCCCCCCACAUCUACACAGCCUUUUCUUUACAUCUUCAAUCUUUUUGCACUGAAUUUAACAUUGAGUGUCUCUUCAAAUGUAGAUGCAGGAGUUUUUACCUCUGAGCAGGUCAGUGCCAUCUGUUUCUCUGUGUUGUUUUAUACAUACUUGUUUAGUUUUAUAUCGACUCCACAUUGAUCCUGCCUUGACGCCUCUAACACAGCCUCGCAUGCCUCAGUUCUCGCUCAUUCUGCACUUCAUUUUCUCAGUGAAGCAUAGAGUAGAAGUUUUGUAUCCCUUUCUUUUCCCCCUUAGACAGUUGUUUCCUUGUUUAUGAAUGUAAAAUGUGUGUUGUUGCAAAGUAGAAUGUUUUUGUUUUAAAAUAAAAUAAAAUAAAAAUAAUUAAAAAUGG